AUGAGGGAGUGGGAUGUCUCGCUGACUUUUCCAUCUCUGGUCUGUACAACCUAUUACACCUGAGGCGGCGCCCUGUGAAGAAUGAGCUGUAUUAUUCACUCAGAAAUGUAACGUGUAGGAUUAUAUUAAUCGUUUCUCGCUUUAUUAUCGGAGUUUCUCGAGGCUAUAGGCUACUUUAGUCAUAGCACGAUUUCACGACUGUCUUUGUUUUAUUACUUCCGGGAAUAAAAGCCCUUCACACAGGUAAGAAGACGAGUUUCGGUCUAGGCCAUCUUUAUGGUCUCGGCUCCCGCAAAUUCUAUUCUCUCAUCAAACAUGAUUGUUUUACAUUUUUCAAAUGUAUUCUCACACAUUCCAUACAGCCUACCUAUAACAUAAGUGUAUGAGAAUAUAGCCUAGCCUAACACAUUCCAACUAAUUAAAGGUAGCCCAUAUCUCUGGUUGUGUUGUUGAAGGAGACAGAAUGUAAUGUGGCCAGUAAGUUUCUGUUUUUAGAGUGCGUAAUGUUCGGUAUUCUUUUCCAGUGACUUGGGUAGACAAAGUAAUAGCCUAUGCCAUAAAAUGUAUAGGAGGGUUAACACGUAAUGGAUUUGCCACACGUGUGCAAUGCAUAAAUGAAGGAAGGGGAAAGUUUGCUCGGUUGUUAACCUCGUCAUCAGCUGUCAGUGUCAGUGGGGACAGUGAAUUAUUUAUGGUUUCUGACCAAGGAAUAGACCAGCCCCAAUGAUGGCCUCUUUUCUACAGUAACACCAUAGUGCUAAAGCCUGUGUCAGCAUUAAAAGUGGGCACUUUCUGGUGAAUUAUGUAAAAUUAUAGAAUAUAACUAGGCUUUAUCAUAUAAUACCAAGGCUGUGUCAUUUACAGUGAAUAUUGAAAUAAUACAGAAUAUUGAAAUGGCACAUCAUUUGACUUAAGGCAUUUAAAUAGAGGUUACAGAAGAUUUGCUCAUACAACCAGGAUAUGCAUAGCAAUUUCAGACAGUCCUAUUUGAUCUUGAGGUGGUAGUGGCUACUGGUUAAUUACGUUUUUUUCGUCAAUUGUGAGCUCCUCCCCAUGGGAAACUGGUGUAAUUUUCCCAAGAGCCUAAAUCAAGAGGUUCUUUGUAUCAAUUGAACUAUCAACUUCACAUGAUUAUGGGCAAUUCCACAGUAAUGGAAUUAUGCUUUGACAGUUUUUUCACUUUAAAAUGUAUGCCAAACAAAAACCAAGUUUAACACACCAUACAACUCUAUGCACAAGGACUACGUUUAAUUAUUUAAACUGAAAAAAUGUACAAAAGCUAAUUUAGUGGAAGAACUGUGCAGAUGCAAACUUUGAUUUUUAUGCGACCACGUUUACCAAACACUCUUGUUAAAUAUCUGUAGUUGGUGACUACUAUGAUUUCCUAUUGUAGCCAAUUAAUAAUAAUAUGCCAUUUAGCAGACGCUUUUAUCCAAAGCGACUUACAGUCAUGCGUGCAUACAUUUUUCGUGUAUGGGUGGUCCCGGGGAUCGAACCCACUACCUUGGCGUUACAAGCGCCGUGCUCUACCAGCUGAGCUACAGAGGACCACAAUUAAAUUGCAGUAAUUCCGUUACAAAUAUUUUGGUAAUUCCGUUAACGUUUUGGUUACUGAAUUACGAGUUUUAAUCACUUAAUAAUUCAUAAACAAAAUUGAUAUCAUUAAAAUAAAUCAAUAUACAGUGGGGGAAAAAAGUAUUUAGUCAGCCACCAAUCGUGCAAGUUCUCCCACUUAAAAAGAUGAGAGAGGCCUGUAAUUUUCAUCAUAGGUACACGUCAACUAUGACAGAGAAAUUGAGAAUUUUUUUUCCAGAAAAUCACAUUGUAGGAUUUUUAAUGAAUUUAUUUGCAAAUUAUGGUGGAAAAUAAGUAUUUGGUCACCUACAAACAAGCAAGAUUUCUGGCUCUCACAGACCUGUAACUUCUUCUUUAAGAGGCUCCUCUGUCCUCCACUCGUUACCUGUAUUAAUGGCACCUGUUUGAACUUGUUAUCAGUAUAAAAGACACCUGUCCACAACCUCAAACAGUCACACUCCAAACUCCACUAUGUCCAAGACCAAAGAGCUGUCAAAGGACACCAGAAACAAAAUUGUAGACCUGCACCAGGCUGGGAAGACUGAAUCUGCAAUAGGUAAGCAGCUUGUUUUGAAGAAAUCAACUGUGGGAGCAAUUAUUAGGAAAUGGAAGACAUACAAGACCACUGAUAAUCUCCCUCGAUCUGGGGCUCCACGCAAGAUCUCACCCCGUGGGGUCAAAAUGAUCACAAGAACGGUGAGCAAAAAUCCCAGAACCACACGGGGGGACCUAGUGAAUGACCUGCAGAGAGCUGGGACCAAAGUAACAAAGCCUACCAUCAGUAACACACUACGCCGCAAGGGACUCAAAUCCUGCAGUGCCAGACGUGUCCCCCUGCUUAAGCCAGUACAUGUCCAGGCCCGUCUGAAGUUUGCUAGAGUGCAUUUGGAUGAUCCAGAAGAGGAUUGGGAGAAUGUCAUAUGGUCAGAUGAAACCAAAAUAUAACUUUUUGGUAAAAACUCAACUCGUCGUGUUUGGAGGACAAAGAAUGCUGAGUUGCAUCCAAAGAACACCAUACCUACUGUGAAGCAUGGGGGUGGAAACAUCAUGCUUUGGGGCUGUUUUUCUGCAAUGGGACCAGGACGACUGAUCCGUGUAAAGGAAAGAAUGAAUGGGGCCAUGUAUCGUGAGAUUUUGAGUGAAAACCUCCUUCCAUCAGCAAGGGCAUUGAAGAUGAAACGUGGCUGGGUCUUUCAGCAUGACAAUGAUCCCAAACACACCGCCCGGGCAAGGAAGGAGUGGCUUUGUAAGAAGCAUUUCAAGGUCCUGGAGUGGCCUAGCCAGUCUCCAGAUCUCAACCCCAUAGAAAAUCUUUGUAGGGAGUUGAAAGUCCGUGUUGCCCAGUGACAGCCCCAAAACAUCACUGCUCUAGAGGAGAUCUGCAUGGAGGAAUGGGCCAAAAUACCGUGUGUGAAAACCUUGUGAAGACUUACAGAAAACAUUUGACCUGUGUCAUUGCCAACAAAGGGUAUAUAACAAAGUAUUGAGAAACUUUUGUUAUUGACCAAAUACUUAUUUUCCACCAUAAUAUGCAAAUAAAUUCAUUAAAAAUCAUACAAUGUGAUUUUCUGGAAAAAAAAUUCUCAUUUUGUCUGUCAUAGUUGACGUUUACCUAUGAUGAAAAUUACAGGCCUCUCUCAUCUUUUUAAGUGGGAGAACUUGCACAAUUGGUGGCUGACUAAAUACUUUUUUUCCCCACUGUAACUAAUUGGUAGGUCUACCGUUACUUGUUACUUCUGUGAACUUUCAUUAUCCUCCCUCCUCAUGAGGGAGAUAAAUUAUAAAAUAUCUUAAAGAUAUGUGGGUUUUUGGUAACAGAAUUACAAGGCACAAGGCAAUAUUUCUUAAACUUACAGAAGGUUAACAAUUUCUCCAAAACUAAAUCUGAAGGUGUUGAUAUUAGUUGGCAGGGUUCUUUAUGUCUGCAUUAUUGUGUUUUGAUGUAUUUCUGAUAUCGUUUAAGACUUUUUCUGGUAGAUGUUUUCUAAGAUCUCUUUUCCAUCUGUUUGACCAGAAAUCAAAGCCUUUACUUAUGCCUAGUUUUUAAGAUGGAAACGGUUGAAAAAUGUAUCUAUGCCUUUAUUUCCCCAAAAUAUAGCUUUCAUUUGGAAGAGGUACUUUCCUUUGAAUAAUGGAUAGAACCACAUUGAUUAAUUAAUGUUUUUGUUUUUCAUUCUCUCUGUAUUGAAUAGCAGACCUAAGUAUCUUUAUGUGACCUAUUCUCUAGUUAUGGAUGGAUAUUCAUGGUCAGAAGUUGAUGUCUUGUUUCUGGAGCCCAGUGUCGAGUGUGUUCUUCAGACAGUGGUCUACUGCUGAACAGUGGGAUGAUUAGAUCCUGUGACUGUGCGCUUUAGCCUGGAUGGGUCUCUGUAGCAGAGACUGUGGUACCAAUGGGCAAUCAUGCAACUGUCUGGUAGAAAGGGAGUGGGUAGAUUAUGAAGUAAUGUGAAUUUUAGGGGGUAAGGUUUUCUGUUUUGGCAUUGCUUGUAUUUUCACUUUCAGUCAAUCAGAGUCAAAUCCUUCAGGACACACCCCUUUUAGAUGAUUGAAUACCGUCUCAGCCAAGGGAGUUGUUCUGUUUGCCUCAUGGCUUCACCUGGGUUCACUUUACGAGGGUGUGGCGGAACAUGUGACUCGCCUCUGCUGUUGUGGAGACACAAUGGAAACAUUGGUGAGGUGAGUUUUAUUGUGAGCCAAGACAUUUUUCCUAGAAAGCUUUGAAUAUCACAUUAUUAUUCAUUGUUCUUGAGGCAUUAUCCCCCAUCAAGGUGACUUUGUCAGCUUCAGAACAUACCUUUCAACAGGAUUCAACUUCACGUGAAAAGUUCAGUACUUAACAAUGCAACAUCACAUUGCCAACGUGAGAAUGUAUAGCACUGCAUACCACUGCUGUCAAAGCAUGUUUAGCCCUAGAUAACAAUUAACAAAAAUUAUGAAAACAUCAAUACUACUGAAGAUUUUACUCCUAGCAAUUGCCUCCUAGCAUUAGAAACCAUUGAUUAAAAUAUAUGAUUCAUGUCUUUUUAAUAUGAUAUUAAACAUUAAAGCUCAAUGGAACUUUAGAUCGGUUAUACGUGACAACAUGCCCUUUUAGGAGAUGAGUAGUUGAACAGACUUAAUAAAGUUAUUACGUGAAAGAAGAAUCAAAGAAAGGAUGAUGUACAACCAGGGGAUGUGUAUAAAGGCAGUAGUAAUAACCAGGGGAUGUGUAAAGCAGUAGUAAUAACCAGGGGAUGUGUAAAGGCAGUAGUAUUAACCAGGGGACGUAUAAAGGCAGUAGUAAUAACCAGGGGAUGUGUAAAGGCAGUAGUAUUAACCAGGGGACGUGUAAAGGCAGUAGUAAUAACCAGGGGACGUAUAAAGGCAGUAGUAUUAACCAGGGGACAUGUAAAGGCAGUAGUAAUAACCAGGGGACGUAUAAAGGCAGUAGUAUUAACCAGGGGACGUGUAAAGGCAGUAGUAAUAACCAGGGGACAUAUAAAUGCAGUAGUAUUAACCAGGGGAUGUGUAAAGGCAGUAGUAUGAACCAGGGGAUGUGUAAAGGCAGUAGUAAUAACCAGGGGAUGUGUAAAGGCAGUAGUAAUAACCAGGGGACGUGUAAAGGCAGUAGUAAUAACCAGGGGAUGUAGUAUUAAUCAGGGGAUGUGUAAAAGCAGUAGUAUUAACCAGGGGAUUUAGUAUUAACCAGGGAAUGUGUAAAGGCAGUAGUAUGUACUCCUGAGUGGCGCAGUGGUCUAAGGCACUGCAUCGCAGUGCUAACUGUGCCACUAGAGAUCCUGGUUCGAAUCCAGGCUCUGUCGCAGCCGGCCGCGACCGGGAGACUCAUGGGCGGCACACAAUUGGCCCAGCGUCGUCCAGGGUAGGGGAGGGAAUGGCCGGCAGGGAUGUAGCUCAGUUGAAAGAGCAUGGCGUUUGCAACGCCAGGGUUGUGGGUUCGAUUCCCACGGGGGGCCAGUAUAAAAAAAAACAUGUAUUCACUAACUGUAAGUCGCUCUGGAUAAGAGCGUCUGCUAAAUGACUAAAAUGUAAAUGUAAUAACCAGGGGAUUCUGUAUGGUAGCUAGGCUUGGGGCGAUAUACCGGGUAUACAGACAUACCGACGGUAUGAUUUUCAAUACCGUAAAAACAAAAUGGGUGCCACACCACUGCUUAUAAAUACAAGUAAAUUAUCUAAGAUGUGUCAAAUAAAUGAUAUCCAGCUCAGGGCUCCAGCUAUGCAUUUGGUUUGAUAUUUGCCUGCUAGGUGGCAAGAUCAAGCUUCUUGGUUACAGCAGAGACAUUCAAUCCCUUCCUGGAUCAAGAUCCAUGUUGCCUAAAUUGUUUUGUGCGUCAAAAAAUACAAAUAAUAAUAGUACUUCUUGUGUGCACAUUCGGUAAUACCGUAUACCCCGGUAUGGUACAAAAACUGUAUGACGGUAUGAACAUCUGGAUACCGCCCCAACCCUAAUGGUAGCUAGUCUCACCCCUGCCAUGAGCAGUGUGCAUCCUUGAGGAACAGCCACAACCUCGUAAACCACUGCAGUAGUGUGUGUGUGGGGGGGAUGUGGACGUUGACACAUGGCUUCCCAGCCGUCCCUACUUGGUAUAUCAGAGGGCCUGCACCAUCCAGAGAGAGAUGGAGUGGAGGGGCUAAGGGGCUGAGCAGGCCAUCCAUCACAUCCUGCCUGCCUGGCUCCUCAGCGGCAUACUGCCUUUAAUAACCACAAGUGCUGCCUCCUCAAUGAAACUCAAUGGAUCCUUCCACUCCCUAUCUCUAAGCCACAUUCUCUGUCCAGCUCUCUCCUAUUAAACAUUUAUAGAUGAUGUGCUUUUAUGCUAUGGCAAAUAUGCAUAUCUAAGAUCAUGAGGAAUUUUAUUUAGGCUAAUCUCUGUCUCGGUCAGGCAAGUCUAAACAUGCAUGUGCUGAAAAGGAGGCAUUCCACUCAAGUAGGUAGUGUUUGUUUUGUUUUGUAGAGAAUUCCAAUAUAGGACACCCUUGACCUUCAUCUGAAGUAAUCUCAGGUCAGAUUGAAUAUUUGUAGAUCCAUGGAGCCUGCUCAUGUGAAUUCCCCAAAACUGUAAGUGGGGCAGAACCUUGUGCCACAGGAUCCAUGCCCCUUAUCCAUUACAAGACGAGGGAUCACUUGAGUAACGAGAAAGAAAGGCGGUGAGAGAGUAGGCCAUCCUGUUUGACCUCAGGCUGUGUGUGUGUGUGUGUGUACACCAGCCUCGGUGUAAUUGCUCAGCCCUCGGUUUGGCCUCUGAGUGUUUUGCCUGCGCUAGUGCGAUAUCAGCCGUCUGAGUCCCCCUCCCCUCCUCUAAUCCUCCUCUCCCCCCUCUUCAGGAAUCGACGGAGGCAGGCUGAACACUCCUCCUCUCCGCCGAGCUCCCCUGUGCCUAGUCACACCACUCCCCCUCAGUUUGUCACACACACACCGCAAGCACACACAGAUCCACUGACUGUGUGCCGGGGAUGUGGAGCUCUGGUUUCAGUCAGGCUGCAGGCAGCCAGCACAGCUAUUGGGUUUGAGGUUCUCGUUUGCAUGCAGUGGCUGCCGACUGGCCGGGGUUCUUAACAACGCUGAUAUCAGCUUCUCAGGUAGGUGGAACAAAGUUAAUGAGGAAGAAGAUAAAGAAUCCGUCUGGUCUUUUACCUUGCUGACCUCUCAAUGGGGCCAGAGAGGAGUGCUGGGAUCGGUGAAUGAAGGGAAUCUGAUCUUAACCAUGUGACAAAGGGGAACGAGAAAUGGUGGCAUGUAAACACAUCUCAGUAUUUGCAUAAGUGAUGUUGGAGGGGCACUCCUACUCAGUGUACUUUGUAAGCACAGGAGGCUGAUGAGGGGAGGACGGCUCAUAAUAAUGGCCGGAACGGAGCAAAUGGAAUGGCAUCAAUGUGAAACCAUGUGUUUGAUUUAUGUGAUACCAUUCCACAAUUCCGCUCCAGCCGUUACCACGAGCCCAUCCUCCCCAAUUAAGGUGCCACCAGCCUCCUGUGCUGUAAGAUAUUCAUAUAUGCUUGUUAGUUUGUGUUGCAGUUUGUGGGUUUUACGAUUCAUUUCACAAGAGUGUUGAUUGGAGCUUACAAAUCAGCUCCUUUUCUUUGCACAUGUGUAGAGUAAGUUGCCAAAAGACUCAGCGAAGAAUGAGAGAGGGAAUUCAUGGAGAGAUUAGAAGCCUCACAGAGGGAUGGAGACCUCUGCUGAUUGGGCACGAGGGGGUCAUUAGUGAUGUGGAUUGCAUUUUUGCCCAGUUCAUUCAGAGUUCUCAUUCUCUCCCAGUGCCAUGCCUUUGUUCCUUCCCAUUAGCACGGUUUUCACAUUUAGUCCUUUUUCUCCCUUUCUCACCUCAUUUCAUGGAGGUUUACCCCUUUAAUGAAGCGCACAGUGACAUGUAGCCGAAAGGAAAAUUCCUUUAGUUCCUCAGGAAUCUGGCUGAGAGGAAACAGCUGCGGCUGGCCUCCAUAUUGUUGCCGCUCUGUGGAUUUGUUAUUUCCUGAUGAGCUGGUCAGUACGAGUAGAAAAAGUAACAACUCUAACGGCAGACCUCUUUGUGCUCCCCUCAACAGAAAUCCAGGAUGAAGACAUGAGGAGGAGAGGACGCACAGUGGAUCAGGGUUUCAACCUCACCCCUUUCAAUGGAUUCAGUCUGGGAUGUUUGCCCCCUAAUGAAAUAAAAUAAACUAAGCAGAUCCUUUCUGGGAUCAAGAGUGAGUGCAGGAACAGGCACAGAGAAAGUUGGAUAGUGGAACAAAGGAAGUUGGACUUGCUAGAUAGGUAUCCCAGCCAGUGUGCCAUGACGGAGCCCAACGUCCCCAGCUGUAGCAGCAGCAUCAGCAGUGCUGGCCUGGCAUGGGCAAAGAUGUGUAAGGAGUGUGGCCAGCAGCACGAGGGGGGCCAGGAGAACCACCUGUACGAAUACCAGGAUGAGGUAGAUGACGAGCUGGUGUGCCACAUCUGUCUGCAGCCCCUGCUGCGGCCCAUGGACACGCCGUGCGGACACACCUACUGCUUCCAGUGCCUCAGCAGCUUCCUGAAGGAGCAGGACUUCUGUCCCGUGGACCGCCAGCGGCUGCAGCUGCACCAGUGCCGGCCCUCCAGCCUGCUGGUCAGGAACCUGCUGGACAAGCUGACCGUGCUCUGCCCACACCAAGCUGAGUGCCAGCAGCAGAUGCAGCGCUGCGAGCUGCAGCCCCACCUGCACAACAGGUAAAUAGGGUUAUGUCCGGGGCACAGGGAAGAGGGAGUUGGAGAUGGGAAAGUUAUUUAGUUUAGAGUUAAGCUUAAAAUGUCUGCUUUGCAACAACAGUAAGUUAGCCAAAAUAGGAACUGUAUUUUACUCUAGUUUAAAUGUGGCAAUUAUGUCUAUGUCUGAAAUGUAUUUUCCUACGCAAUUCAUUUGGAGUUAAUGGGUACACAGGCCUGUCAAAGGUAAAAAUCAAAUCAAAUCAAAAUGUAUUUGUCACAUGCACUGAAUACAACAGGAAAUGCUUACUUAAAAUAAUAAUAAUAAUAUGCCAUUUAGCAGACGCUUUUAUCCAAAGCGACUUACAGUCAUGUGUGCAUACAUUUUUACGUAUGGGUGGUCCCGGGGAUCGAACCCACUACCCUGGCGUUACAAGCGCCAUGCUCUACCAAUUGAGCUAAAUCCCUUAACCAACAAUGCAGUUCAAUUGAGUUUAAAAAAAAAAAAAAAAGUUACACAAUAACAAUACCGAGGCUAUAUAGAGGGGUUACCGGUAACGAGUCAAUGUGCGAGGGUACAGGUUAGCCGAGGUAAUUUGUACAGGUAGGUAGGGGUAAAGUGACUAUGCAUAGAUAAUAAACAGCGAGUAGUAGCAGUGUAAAAACAAGGGGGGGGGGGGGGGGGGGGGGGGGGGGGGGGCAUAGGCAUUUAGCUUGUCUGGUAGGCUCGCGUCACUGGGCAGCUCGCGGCUGGGUUUCCCUUUGUAGUCCUUAAUAGUUUGCAAGCCCUGCCACAUCUGACGAGCGCCAGAGCCGGUAUAGUAGGAUUCAGUCUUAGUCCUGUAUCAGUCUUAGUCCUGUAUGGACGCUUUGCCUGUUUGAUGGUUCGUCUGAGGGCAUAGCAGGAUUUCUUAUAAGUGUCCGGAUUAGUGUCCCGCUCCUUGAAAGUGGCAGCUCUAGCCUUUAGCUCGGUGUGGAUGUUGCCUGUAAUCCAUGACUUCUGGUUGGGAUAUGUGCGUACGGUCACUGUGGGGAAGACGUCAUCGAUGCACUUAUUGAUGAAGCCGGUAACUGAGGUGGUAUAAUCCUCAAUGCCGUUAGAUGAAUCCCGGAACAUAUUCCAGUCUGUGCUAGCAAAACAGUCCUGUAGCGUAGCAUCUGCGUCAUCUGACCACUUUUGCUUGUAAGCAGGAAUCAGGGGGAUAGAAUUAUGGUCAGAUUUGCCAAAUGGAGGGCGAGGAAGAGCUUUGUAUGCAUCUCUAUUUGUGGAAUAAAGGUGGUCUAGAGUUUUUUUUCCUCUGGUUGCACGUGAUAUGCUGGUAGAAAUUAGGUUAAACUGAUUUAAGUUUGCCUACAUUAAAGUCCCCGGCCACUAGCAGCGCCGCUUCUGGAUGAGCAUUUUCUUGUUUGCUUAUGGCCGUAUACAGCUCGUUGAGUGCGUUCUUAGUGCCAGCAUCGGUUUGUGGUGGUAAAUAGACGGCUACAAAAAUAUAGAUGAAAACUCUCUUGGUAGAUAGUGUGGUCUGCAGUUUAUCAUGAGGUACUCUACCUCAGGCGAGCAAUACCUCGAGACAUCUUUAAUAUUAGACAUUGUGCACCAGAUGUUAUUGACAAAUAGACACACACCACCACCCCUCGUCAUACCAGACGUAGCUGUUCUGUCCUGCCGAUGCACGGAAAACCCAGCCAACUGUAUAUUAUCUGUGACGUCGUUCAGCCCGACUCUGUGAAACAUAAGAUAUUACAGUUUUUAAUGUCCCUUUGGUAGGAUAGUCUCGAGCGGAGAUCAUCCUGUUUAUUUUCCAGUGAUUGCACGUUGGCCAAUAGAACGGAUGGUAGAGGCGGGUUACCCACUCCCGACAAAUUCUCACAAGGCACCCCGAUCUCCGCCCCUUGUAUUUCCGUAUUUUCUUCACGCGAAUGACGGGGAUUUGGGCCUGGUCUCGGAGAAGCAGUAUGUCCAAAAUAAGUUAUAAACGGGAAAAAACACACAAAAUACCACAGUUGGUUAGGAGCCCGUAAAACGGCAGCCAUCCCUUCCGGCGCCCCGACCAUAAGUCAGUCAGGUUUAGACUUCAAUGAAAUAGCUUUAAUUACAUAGUACCUGGACUCAAAGGAGAAGUUCAGUCUCAAGUAUGAAAAUGUAUGCACUCACUAACUGUAAGUCGCUCUGGAUAAGAGUGUCUGCUAAAUGACGUAAAUGUAAAUGUAAAUAUCAUACCCUCCAAGAGGAGUUUAAUUUGUAGAUUAGUUUUCCCAUUCCUCACGUGGCCAGUGGGGUGCUUAUCAUCUUAGUGGUUAGCGAGCAACAAUGACGCAGUCAGUAGUGGGUAAAGGUUGUAUUGUGAUAGCUGGUCAUGCUGCAGCCAUCCGCCCAGUGCAAACAGAGAUGAGGCAAAGUUCAGACAGCGGGACCAGCAGCAGUAGCUCUCUCUCUCUGUCUUAAUCACACUCGACCUGUCCCCCCCUCAGACUCCCUGCAAUGCAGUAAAAUAGUCUCCUCAUCUGCAUAGCUCCUCUCCUCUUCUCAUAGUCUCUCUCUCUCUGACUCCCUCAAUAGUCACACAAUCUAUUCAUUUCCACACCUCUAGCUUGAGCCCCAUUUAGCGUUUUAGAAUUGUCCUCCUCACUGAAACAAAUGAAUAAACAUAGAUUGUACUCUCUUUUUUGCUGGUCACACAGAAUCUAAAGGAAGUCUGGUCACUCAGGAUAUUUUAGGUUUCCUUCAUUGACAGUUUUGGACAAAUGUAAUGAGGGUUAAUUAAAAGAAGGACUGUUGAAUGUUGACCUCUCUUUUUCUCUACCUCUCUUUUUCUUUCCCUUUCUCCCACUCCUCCCUCAGAUGUCCUGUUUUCAGAAGGCUGAAGGAGGAAGCAGCGAGGAGGAAGAGACCCCCCUGGAAAGAGCUUAAGGGGAACAGGGGCGAGGGGGAGUCAGGUGCUGAUGCCAAACACACCCCUACGAUGACCCGCACCCCCACCCGGGGUGUCCUGCCCGAGCCUGGCCUUAUCAACCCCGCCUUCGAAGAGAGCGAGGAGGGUAAGAUGUCACACGUAACUCACUUCCUACUCCGCCCACAACGCAAACAGUUAGACGUCACACUGACGUCACUAUGUCUGAAGUCUGAUUAUAGGAGGAUGAUAAUGAUAGUCUGUCAGUCUAAGUGAAUAGCAGUGAGCUCCCAUUGAAAAAAAUUAUGCUUUUUAAGAAUGGAAAAAUCUAUAUCAGUGUUUAGGGCUGUGGCGGUCACGAAAUUUCGUCAGCCGGUGAUUGUCAAGCAAAUAACUGCUGGUCUCACGGUAAUUGACCGUUAAUUAACAUGAACACAUUUAACAUCUCCUGGCUUCCACACAUAGCCUACAAGCCACUGAUGCAGACCUUUGGAACAUCUACAUUAAUCCAUGUAAUAUAGCCUACACCUUCACAAUAAACCCAUUAUUUAUUUUAGACAGGUCUAAAGAAACAUGAUGUGAAGAAAAUGUAGUCUAUUUCAGAAGAACAGAAUAGCAUACUCUGAGUUGUCCUUAUGUUAGGUCCUGAUCUGGCUAUGCCAUAUGGCUGUGGGCUACACUAGUUCAUUUAGCAGGCAAGUAUGAAGAAUACAAUUGAACAAAGCUGAAUAAAAUAGAAAGGAUAUUCCCCCUAAAAAAAUCCAUGCCUUUUGCGGCCAGUGGCCAUUGUGCCCUUGGGUCUAAAUAUAACAAUUAUAAUUCCCUUCUCCCUGAGAGCUGCGUUCUCUGAAGCACCUGUCACUCACAUGGCUCUCCAUCAUGUGAUCGGGUCUUUCUCACAGGCUGUAAGUAAAGACAGACACAACUGCGCGCGUCCUUAUCCAAUUCCGAGGUGCAUAUUGAAGAUAUUGGAAGAACUGUCCACAUUUACUUUUCACCAGCCAACAAGAUGAGUAGGCCUGACGAACAGCAAAAGCACUAGCCUAUGUCAAUCUACUAUCCCCCAUAGUACAAAAACUGACCUAUUCUAUGCGAUAAAUAAAUAUUCCAAACAUAGUAUGGGGACAGUUGUGGGAUGGACUAGAUCCCAAAUUAGUACAACCACUAGCAUCAAAAAACCUUUUUUACGCAAUGUUGAUAAACUAUUAGGCUAUUUCUUCACAUUAUAAGCGCAGCAAUGCUAGGCUAUAAGCGCGAAUGUUCCAUUAUUGGGAAAACACCAUUAUCAAAAGUGACCUCAAAUGCGAUUAUGCAUGUAAUGCUUUUAUUAUGAAGGUACAUUUCUAUGGUGAAAGUAUCUUCCCCAAGCUUGAAACUCAGGUGCUGCUUAUGUAUGCCAGUUAGGCUCUAUACCCCUUGUAAAGCGGAUUCAUCUGCUUAAUUUUAAGAAGUUAUAUGAUCACUUUAGUUGUGAUAUAAACCUUAUCAAAACAUGUAGGCCUAUGAGCUAGGCUACAUGAGGUGUGCGACUAUGAUUUCAAAAAGUAGCAAAAAAAAUAGGUAUUGUUUCUUGCCUUACGCUGGGCAUCAUUCACAAGUGAUACGCUAAUAUUGUCACCCAUCAGACUAUUCUUGAUUGAAUCUUGUCUUUGCAUAUAUUAUUUAGUAGAUGUGUGAAAUUUGUUUUGAUUUAGAAUGGACCAUUAUCAUGCACCUGUCUCGGAACAGGGGCAGGGGAAAAAAUACAUAUCAUCUAUGCACUUAAAAAGCGAAUGGAGGACGCUUUUCCCGUGGGUCAUUUUCAUGCCAGCCAGGUAGGCUAUACUCCUGUUGUAAAGAAAAGCAAUGUACUUAAUAUUAGGAAAGUUGAGAAAUAAAUAUAGUAUUCCUAGCCAAUAGAAAGCUGAUGGGAUCCACCUCUUUUUAAUAGAGGCCAGCACUCUGUUUUUUUCACGCAAUUGCAUAGCCUAUAGAAAUGUUGUGCAACAUGAGCUCAUGGGCUCUCGUUAAGUGUUUGAUUAGAUUUUAGAUUACGUUUGCAUUGAUGUCAGAGUGGUUAGAGGGAAAAUAGAGUGCUGAGGACCAGGUAGUUAGCAAGUUUGGUAGGCUACUAAUGACCAUCAGCAGCAUCAGCGUAUGGAGAAGCCUAGCUACCGUGACUAAACGGUCACGUGGAAUUUGACUGCCUUUCAUGACUCGUGACCGUCGGUGUGGCGGUAAUACAGUCACCGUAACAGCCCUAUCAGUGUUAAUUGGGUCAACGAAGGUGUAAGGAGUUUAUGAAAGCACCCAGGGAAAGGAAGUGAGCGGAAACAGUUUGGCAGCUGUGUUGACUUUAGGGAAAACCCAAAACCCCUUUGAUGUGGCCAUUCUUGGCAAGAGAGCUGUCAAAGAUGGAGAGGAGGAGUAUUGCUGACAUCGUUAAUUUUGCCCCUGGAUUUCAGACACUCGGGCCAAAUCAUCGUCUGAACCUUCAGAACGUGUAUCAACCAGUCCUCCUAUAGCUCCUCCCACUAGCCUCCUCUGGUAUCAAUCUAACCUCUGUCUGGUAGAACCCCUUGAGGCAUUUUGUAAUCCAGUACCGUGGAACGAAGUCCAUCAAAACAAAGUUACCUGGCAACUGCCGAUUGAUAUCACAGAAAUGAUUACCUCAUUGUGAGUGUUUCUUGGGGAAUAAGUUGCCACUCGCCCUACUUGAUUGAAAACUAGGGUUGUGUGUUGGAAUCGGACACACAAUGAAAGGCAACCAUGGACCAUUGAUGAUGUGUUUGAGCAUAUAUGAAUCUGUGUGUGUGUGUCAGGUUGUAUGUCUCAGGUUGUUUGUAAACAUGUGUACCUCCACGACCAUGUCCAUCCCCUCCUCUCUCCACAGAGACCCCCCUGCGGUCCAGCCUGGUGGCCGAAACCAACGUGGUGGAGAUGUUUCGGGAGGAGCAGGAAGAGGAGUUGGGCCUGCGUAUCGUGGGAGGAAAGGACACGCCCCUGGGGAACAUAGUGAUCCAGGAGAUCAUCCGUGACUCACUGGCAGCCCGCGACGGCAGGACUGGCCCCAGGGGACCACAUUCUGGAGGUGAGCCAGGUUCCUCACUGUAAAUAAGAGGGAUAAUAGGUCCCCUGGAAAAUAUGUUCAGUCCUCUCCCCUCCAUCCCAUCCUGUUAUGUAGCUUUAGUGCUGUAGCCGUAUACUUUGAAAUGAUCACCUUAACGAUGGUAAUGGCUGUACUUUGUGUAGAUUGUGCUUGUUGGGAAGCUUUGACCUAUACAGUCAGGAUAUUCCACACAAAAAAAAACUAUUCCCUUGGGUUUCCAUGAUCCUCAGUCAAUAGAGGCAUUUGUUGGUGGGAAGGCAGAUAUUCAGGAGGAACGGCCCUGGUCUGGCUCCAUGGAAACAGGUGUGGCAGAGAUGUGUUGUCCAAGUAUGCCCCAUGAAACGGUCAUUGGUGAACUGUCACCGUUUCAGGCAGAGUCCCUUCUUCUGGAAGGCCAAAGUGCACAUGAUUGCAGACAGGCUCUGUCUGUUUUUUUUUAAUGUUUUCUUUUCUUGGACAGAAAGGGCUGAUUAUGACACGUAGUCUAGUGACCUUUUCUCUACGGUACUGGUUGUAAAUGGGCCAAAAGGCUAUUGAAGAUUACAUGCUAGUGGUGAUGGUGUCUGAUGGUGGUGGUGUCUGGAGAUGGUGGUGUCUGGUGGGGGUGGUGGUGGUGGUGGUGUCUGGUGGUGAUGGUGUCUGUUAGUGAUGGUGUCUGGUGGUGAUGGUCUCUGGUGGUGGUGGUCUCUGGUGGUGAUGGUGUCUGGUGGUGGUGGUGAUGGUGUCUGGUGGUGAUGGUGUCUGGUGGUGAUGGUGUAUGGUGGUGAUGGUGUAUGGUGGUGAUGGUGUCUGGUGGUGAUGGUGUCUGGUGGUGGUCUCUACUUACAGUUGAAGUUGGAAGUUUACAUACACUUAGGUUGGAGUCAUUAAAACUUGUUUUUCAACCACUCCACACAUUUCUUGUUAACAAACUAUAGUUUUGGCAAGUCGGUUAGGAUAUCUACAUUGUGCAUGACACAAGUAAUUUUUCCAACAAUUGUUUACAGACAGAUUAUUUCACUUAUAAUUCACUGUAUCACAAUUCCAGUGGAUCAGAAGUUUACAUACACUAAGUUGACUGUGCCUUUAAACAGCUUGGAAAAUUCCAGAAAAUGAUGUCAUGGCUUUAGAAGCUUCUGAUAGGCUAAUUGACAUCAUUUGAGUCAAUUGGAGGUGUACCUGUGGAUGUAUUUCAAGGCCUACCUUCAAACUCAGUGCCUCUUUGCUUGACAUCAUGGGAAAAUCAAAAUAAAUCAGACAAAUUGUAGACCACAAGUCAGGUUCAUCCUUGGGAGCAAUUUCCAAACGCUUGAAGGUACCACGUUCAUCUGUACAAACAAUAGUAUGCAAGUAUAAACACCAUGGGACCACGCAGCCGUCAUACCGCUCAGGAAGGAGGCGCGUUCUGUCUCCUAGAGAUGAACGUACUUUGGUGCGAAAAGUGCAAAUCAAUCCCAGAACAACAGCAAAGGACCUUGUGAAGAUGCUGGAGGAAACAGGUACAAAAGUAUCUAUAUCCACAGUAAAACGAGUCCUAUAUCGACAUAACCUGAAAGGCCGCUCAGCAAGGAAGAAGCCACUGCUCCAAAACCGCCAUAAAAAAAGCCAGACUACGGUUUGCAACUGCACAUGGGGACAAAGAUUGUACUUUUUGGAGAAAUGUCCUCUGGUCUGAUGAAACAAAAAUAGAACUGUUUGGCCAUAAUGACCAUUGUUAUGUUUGGAAGAAAAAGGGGGUGGCUUGCAAGCCGAAGAACACCAUCCCAACUGUGAAGCACGGGGGUGGCAGCAUCAUGCUGUGGGGGUGCUUUGCUGCAGGAGGGACUGGUGCACUUCACAAAAUAGAUGGCAUCAUGAGGAAGGAAAAUUAUGUGGAUAUAUUGAAGCAACAUCUCAAGACAUCAGUCAGGAAGUUAAAGCUUGGUCGCAAAUGGGUCUUCCAAAUGGACAAUGACCCCAAGCAUACUUCCAAAGUUGUGGCAAAAUGGCUUAAGGACAAUAAAGUCAAGGUAUUGGAGUGGCCAUCACAAAGCCCUGACCUCCAACCUAUAGAAAAUGUGUGGGCAGAAUUGAAAAAGCGUGUGCGAGCAAGGAGGCCUACAAACCUCACUCAGUUAUACCAGCUCUGUCAGGAGGAAUGGGCCAAAAUUCACCCACUUAUUGUGGGAAGCUUGUGGAAGGCUUCCCAAAACGUUUGACCUAAGUUAAACAAUUUAAAGACAAUGCUACCAAAUACUAAUUGAGUGUAUGUAAACUUCUGACCCACUGGAAAUGUGAUGAAAUAAAUAAAAGCUGAAAUAAAUAAUUAUCUCUACUAUUAUUCUGACAUUUCACAUUCUUAAAAUAAAAUGGGGGUCCUAACUGACCUAAAACUGACUUUUUACUAGGAUUAAAUGUCAGGAAUUGUGAAAAACUGAGUUUAAAUGUAUUUGGCUAAGGUGUAUGUAAACGUCCGACUUCAACUGUACAGUCUUCAAACCCCUUGAAUUAUUUCACAUUUUGUAGUGGUACAGCCUGAAUUCUCACCAAUCUACACAAAAUACCCCAUAAUGACAAAGUGAAAACAUUUGUUUUAUUUAAUUUGGGCAAAUUUAUUGAAAAGGAAAUUCAGAAAUAUCUAAUUUACAUACAGUACCAGUCAAACGUUUGGACACACCUACUCAUUCAAGGUUCUUUCUGUCUUUUUACUGUUUUUUACAUUGUAGAAUAAUAGUGAAGACAUCAAAACUAUGAAAUAACACAUAUGGAAUCAUGUAGUAACCAAAGAAGUGUUAAACAAAUCAAAAUAUAUUUUAUAUUUGAGAUUCUUAAAAUAGCCACCCUUUGCCUUGAUGACAGCUUUGCACACUCUUGGCAUUCUCUCAACCAGCUUCACCUGGAAUGCUUUUCCAACAGUCUUGAAGGAGUUCCCACAUAUGCUGAGCACUUGUUGGCUGCUUUUCCUUCACUCUGCCGUCCGACUCAUCCCAAACCAUCUCAAUUGGGUUGAGGUCGGGGGAUUGUGUAGGCCAGGUCAUCUGAUGCAGCACUCCAUCAAAUCAAUUUAAUUUGCCACAUGCACCGAAUACAGUGAAAUGCUUACUUACAAUCCCUUAACCAACAAUGCAGUUUUAAGUAAAAAAUAGGUAAGUUAAAAAUAAAAAAUAAUUAAAGAGCAGCGGUAAAAUAAAAUAACAGUAGGGAGACUAUAUACAGGGUGUCACGAUCGUCAGGGAGAGACCAAGGCGCAGCGUUGCAGGUUAACAUAUUUAUAUUUAUUUAAUGAUCACACGAUCAAAACAACAAACGAAAAACGUGACGUCUAUGGUUUAAACACAAACCAACACGAACAAGAAACCACAAACACAAAGUGAAAGACAGACAGUUAAAUAUGGCUCCCAAUCAGAGACAACCAGCUGACACUCGUUGCCUCUGAUUGGGAGUCACUCAGGCCAACAUAGAUAGACAACGACUAGAACCUAAACAAAAUAAACACCCUGGCUCAACAUACGAGAGUCCCCAGAGCCAGGGCGUGACAGUACCCCCCCCCCCAAAGGCGCGGACUCCGACCGAGCCAACCAACCACAACAGGGGAGGGACGGGUGGGCACUCCGCCUCGGCGGCGGAUCCGGCUCCGGACAUGACCCAGGCACGGGUUGUGCUGGACUGACGACGCGCACCCCUGGCUUGGUGCGUGGAGGAGGAACGGGCCUUACCAGGCUGACGACGCACACCGUAGGCUUGGUGCGUGGAGCAGGGACAGGCCGGACUGGGCUGACGAAGCACACCACUGACUUGGUGCGGGGAGCAGGAACGGGCCGAGCCGGGCUGACGAAGCGCACCACUUUCUUGGUGCGGGGAGCAGGAAUGGACCGGACCGGGCUGACGAAGCGCACCCCUGACUUGGUGCGGGGAGCAGGAACGGGCCGGACAGGGCUGACGAAACGCACCACAGACUUGGUGCGGGGAGCAGGAAUGGGCCGGACUGGGCUGGCGACGCGCACCACUGGCCCUACACCGGGAUCUGGAACGGGCCGGACCGGACUGGCAACACACGCCAGUACCUCUCGCCGUGCCUCUACAUCCUCCAUCCCCUCUUCGACCAGUGGCCCCCGUAACCUGGCGGCCUCCUCUGGCAACCCGCUGGGCCGCUCUAUCGCGGCCUCCUGCUGGUCCGACGUCGUGAGCCCCCCCCUAAAAAUGUUCUGGGAGUCUCUCCUCCCCGUGGGCCAGGCCUCGAUAAUUCUCGCCCAACUCUCGCUCUUCUGCUUCCAAUCUCCGCCAUUCAGCUCCUCAUUCGGCUUGACCCAGUCGAAGCUCUGCCUCCACUGUUGCCAAGUCCACCCACUCUGCUCCUCACUAGGCUGCUUGGUCCAGUUCUGGUGGUUUCUUCUGUCACGAUCGUCAGGGAGAGACCAAGGCGCAGCGUUGCAGGUGAACAUAUUUAUAUUUAUUUAAUGAUCACACGAUCAAAACGAAAAACGUGACGUCUAUGGUUUAAACACGAACAAGAAACCACAAACACAAAGUGAAAGACAGACAGUUAAAUAUGGCUCCCAAUCAGAGACAACCAGCUGACACUCGUUGCCUCUGAUUGGGAGUCACUCAGGCCAACAUAGAUAGACAACGACUAGAACCUAAACAAAAUAAACACCCUGGCUCAACAUACGAGAGUCCCCAGAGCCAGGGCGUGAUACAGGGGGUACCGGUACAGAGUCAAUGUGCGGGGGCACCGGUUAGUCAAGGUAAUUGAGGUAAUAUGUACAUAGAGUAGAGUUAAAGUGACUAUGCAUAGAUAAUAAACAGAGCAGCAGCAGCGUAAAAGAGGGGGUGGGGUGGGGGGGACAAUGCAAAUAGUCCGGGUAGCCAUGAUUAGCUGUUCAGGAGUCUUAUGGCUUGGGGGUAAAAGCUGUUAAGAGGCUAUCUUCUGUAUACCCCCCCCCCCCCGCACACCUUGUCACAACACAACUGAUUGGCUCAAACGCAUUAAGAAGGAAAGAAAUUCCACAAAUUAACUUCUAAGAAGGCACGCCUGUUAAUUGAAAUGCAUUCCAGGUGACUACUUCAUGAAGCUGGUUGAGAGAAUGCCAAGAGUGUGCAAAGCUGUCAUCAAGGCAAAGGGUGGCUAUUUGAAGAAUCUCAAAUAUAAAAUAUAUUUUGAUUUAUUUAGCACUUGUUUGGUUACUACAUGAUUCCAUAUGUGUUAUUUCAUAGUUUUGAUGUUUUCUGUAUUAUUCUGUAAGAAAAACCCUUGAAUGAGUAGGUGUGUCCAAACCUUUGACUGGUAGUGUAAGUAUUCACAACCCUGGGUCAAUACUUUUUAAAAGCACCUUUGGCAGUGAUUACAGCUGUGAGUCUUUCUGGGUAAGUCUCUAAGAGCUUUACACCCCUAGAUUGUACAACAUUUGCCCAUUAUUCUUUUCGAAAUUCUUCAAGAUCUGUUGCUAGACAACCAUUUUUAGGUCUUGCCAUAGAUUUUCAAGUAGAUUUAGGUCAGCCACUCAGGAACAUUCACUGUCUUCUUGGUAUGCAACUCCAGUGUAGAUUUGGCCUUGUGUUUUAGGUUAUUGUCCUGCUGAAAGGUGAAUUCAUUUCCCAGUGUCUGGUGGAAAGCAGACUGAACCAGAUUUGUCCUCUAGGAUUUCCUUUAGGUUUCUUUCUUAUCCUGAAAAACUCCCCAGUCCUUAACGAUUAAUAGCUUUAUGCAGUAUUACUUUAGUGCCUCGUUGCAAACAGGAUGCUUGUUUUGGAAUAUUUAUUCUGUGCAGGCUUCCUUCUUUUCACUGUCAAUUAGGUUAGUACUGUGGAGUAACUACAUACAAUGUUGUUGAUCCAUCCUCAGUUUUUCAUUAAACUCUGUAACUGUUUUAAAGUCACCAUUGGCCUUGUGGUUAAAGGAUGCCUGUAUCUUUGUAGUGACUGGGUAUAUUGAUACACCAUCUAAAGUGUAAUUAUUAACUUCACCAUGCUCAAAGGGAUAUUCAGUGUCUGCUUUUAAAAUGUUUACCCAUCUACCAAUAGGUUCCCUUCUUUGCGAGGCUUUGGAAAACCUCCCUGGUCUUUGUGGUUGAAUCUGUGUUUGAAAUUCUUUGCUCGACUGUGGGACCUUACAGAUAAUUGUAUGUGUGGGGUACAGAGAUGAGGUAAUCAUUCAGAAAUCUUGUUAAACACUAUUAUUGCACACAGAGUGAGUCCAUGUAACCUAAUAUGUGACUUGUUAAGAACAUUUUUACUCCUGAACUUAUUUAGCCCUGCCAUAAUAAAGGGGUUGAAUAAUUAUUGACUCAAGACAUUUCAGCUUUUCAUUGUUUAUUAACUUGUAGAAAUUUCGAAAAAUUAUUGACUCAAGACAUUUCAGCUUUUCAUUGUUUAUUAACUUGUAGAAAUUUCGAAAACAUUUUGCCUUUUGUUUGUGUCAACAAAUGACGGUGGACACUAGUUGGUAGAGUAAUGUGACCUAUCAAAAUGUUAAGGGUUUAUUCAAAGUGAUACAUUGUGGAGAGUAGAUCCUGAACUAUUUCAAAACAGAUGUAAACAAUAUACAAUGCAUUCACCUGGUUUCCAUCCAGAGGGUAGAUCUAGGGAACAGAGAUAGUAUGUCUAAGGGUGUUUCACAAAGAUGCAGCUUCCUUUCUUCCCACGAUCUUGCUCCCUCUCUCCUCCUUGGAUUUCUCCUCCCACGGCUGUCCUGGAAUGUGACGGUGCCACAGUAAACUGAGCUGACGGACCAGUUCACUCUCUACUCUGGCAGGGGUGCAGGACAAUGCCUGAGCCCAUCUCUUCCUCGGGGCUGACCAAUCAAAAAUGUGGAAUUUGGAAUGAAAACACCUCUCAUCUAACCUCACUGGCUGCCUCGGGAGCAGUAAUAUAACCCCUCACUUUUUGGCUCUUUUGUGGACGGCUAGUGGCUAUAAAGAGAUACUGUAUGUGUGAAGGAGCAGAGAUUGCGUUCCUAAUUUGUUGCAAUUGAAUCUCUCUCUUCCCCUUGAGUUGAUCCAUUGAUUUUAAGAAGGGCUCAGUUGGUAGACCAUGGCGCUUGCAACGCCAGGGUUGUGGGUUUGAUUCCCACGGGGGGCCAGUAUGAAAAUGUAUGCACUCACUAACUGUAAGUUGCUCUGGAUAAGAGCGUCUGCUAAAUGACUAAAAUGUUUGUAAAGCUGGAAUUGCUCAAAAAUUAUUUUGUACGUCUAUUCUACCGGAGGUCGGUACAAUGCCUCAAUACAAUCCAUCAACCAACAUGAAUCGAGGUACCUGCGGUUUUUGACUAGACAUGCCAAAGAUAAGUGUUUCCCCUAUAUGCAUUUAGCAGCGGCGCACUGCCACUGCUAAAUCGUGGCCGCCACUGCAAAACAUUUUUACAAACUAAAAUAAAUGUUUUUUUUGUUUUAGUUUUAAUAAUAAUUUUCGGGAUGGUAAAACGUUUUCAGUGUAAAUUUAAAUGACUGAAACCAGAUAUAAAGUAUGUAGAAAAUAUAAUAGAGCAAUAUAGUUUUUACAAGAACAUAUUGGAGAAUUUACAAUCGCCUAAAUAAAAACUAGACAGGGAUAAUCUAAAGUUCUAAAAAUGGCAUGGCAUGGGGUCCCCAUUGAUUUUGUUAUAAUGUUUGAGUGUCUCAGAUAGCAUAAGCCAUGGCAAAAUGUGGAAAAUUGCUGAAAAUUAGCUUUGAAACAGACAUUUUUAUCUCAGCCCCAAGUGUAGAAUUGCAAGAAACUAGCAUUAAAACUGUUAAAUGUUCUCUCUGCCCCAUGGCAAAAUGUGUAGAAUUGCAGAUAAUUAGCUUUAAAACAGCAAAAAUUGUCUCUGUGGCCAAGAGGAAGUCCUCUAAAAGAAUGCUGUUAAUUGACUACAGCUCAGCGUUCAACACCAUAGUGCCCUCCAAGCUCAUCACUAAGCUAUGGACCCUGGGAUUAAACACCUCCCUCUGCAACUGGAUCCUGGACUUCCUGACGGGCCGCCCCCAGAUGGUGAGGGUAGGCAACAACACAUCUGCCACGCUGAUCCUUAACAUGGGGCCCCUCAGGGGUGCGUGCUGUGUCCCCUCCUGUAUGGCAACUGCUUGGUAUCCGACCAUAAGGCGCUACAGAGGGUAGUGUGUAUGGCCCAGUACAUCACUGGGGCCGAGCUCCCUGCCAUCCAGGACCUCUAUACCAGGCGGUGUAAGAGGAAGGCCCUAAAAAUGGUCAAAGACUCCAGCCACCGAAGUCAUAGAUUGUUCUCUCUGCUACUGCACAGCAAGCAGUAACGAUGUACCAAGUCUGGAACCAACAGGACCCUGAACAGCUUCUACCCCCAAACCAUAAGACUGCUAAAUAGUUAACCAAAUAGCUACCCGGACUAUCUGCAUUGACCCUUUUUGCACUAACGCUUUUGACUCAUCACAUACGCUGCUGCUACUGUUUAUUAUCUAUCCUGUUGCCUAGUCACUUUAUCCCUACUUAUAUGUACAUAUCUACCUCAAUUACCUCGUACCCCUGCACAUCGACGCGGUACUGGUACCCCGUGUAUAUAGCCAAGUCAUCAUUACUCAUUGUGUAUUUUUUCCUUGUGUUAUUAUUUGUAUACAUUUUUUUUCUCUCUCUCUGCAUUGUUGGGAAGGGCCCGUAAGUAAGCAUUUCACUCAUAGCAUACACCUGUUGUUUUUACAAAGCAUGUGACAAAUAACAUUUGAUUGGAUUUGAAUUAUAUCUUGAAGAGGAAAAAAGUAUUUUAUUUCCACUAUACAUCAGCGCAGGGACCAGUCACUUCCCACAGCUGUUGAUACUUUGUAUAUUUAGUCCACCUGCAGUGUUUCAGAGGGCUGCUGUAUCAGUGACAGUGUUACUGACCAUGUGGUGUUGUGUUUUCUAGGUGAAUGGCAUCAGCCUAGCCUCUAUCCCACACGGCUGGGCCAUCUCCAUGCUGCGGCGGCCAUGUCCCUUGCUCAGACUCAUCGUCACGCAGGAGAAGGGCUUCAACCCCCGUCACCCACAACGCCCUGGUCUCGAGCACCACCCGCCCCCCUCCCCCAUCACACCCACCACCUCCCCUCCCUCUCACAGUCCCCACAGCACUGCCCACAGCCAGGGCACGGUGAUCCAGGUGACGCUGGUGAAGAGGGACCGCUCGGACCCGCUAGGUAUCAAACUGAUCCGCAAGUCGGACGAGACAGGGAUCUUCAUUCUGGACCUGCUGGCGGGGGGGCUGGCGGCCAAGGACGGGAAACUAUGCAACAAUGACAAGGUGCUGGCCAUCAACGGGCAAGACCUGAGACACGGCACCCCAGAGAGCGCUGCACAGAUCAUACAGGUAUGUCUUAUGUUGACAAGUUACAGCACGGCUAUUUGAUGGAGACCAAAGAAUGGAAAUAGGAUUCAUUAUAAUCCCUUAAGGAAACAUUGACUUUCAUGUUAGCAGAGGUUCCCAGGAUUGAUUUGCUGGCUGUGUAAUGAAUGUGAGGCCUGAUCUAUAUGUGUAUAUAAUGUGUGUGUCUGCAGGCCAGUGAGGUGCGGGUGAACUUUGUGGUGAUGAGGCAGCCGCAGCCCCAGGAGGAGGGGGGCAGCGGGGGAGAGGGGCAGGGCCGAGUGGCCAGGAGGGCUCCAGAACCCCAGUACUUCAGACGCCCCUCCACCUACAUGAAGGUAAACAGUCUCCUCCCCCGAUGUUUAGAACUUACAAAUCACUGUACUACAAACUGCUGUAUAUCUCGGUUAGUAUUGUGUAUGCUAGUGUCAGUUAGUGUGUACACACAUGAUCCUAAGAGCCUGUCAUGUUUACAUAAUGUAAAGGUAAUCAUGGCACCACAGUCCCAUCCCAGCCCUCUGUCACCAGUCCAGACUACCUAGCACUUCCACAGAAGCCCUCCUCACUCAGACAGAGGUGAAAGGGGCCUUGGGAGCAGACAGACGCCUGUGUCCCUGGUCCAGAGAUGAAAGCCCUUCUCUGGGGCCUGCUCACUCCAGAUCAAAAGGCCCAGGGUGCUGCCUCACUCUGCCGCUGUGGGGCCACUACCACGUUUUGUUUGUUUGUUGCUUUGGGUGGCAGAGGAUCAAAGCUGUUGACAGUUAGCUUUCACCUGCAGAGCCCAGGCUUUGAGUGUUGUUGGGGGGGACGGUUCCCUGCUGGGGGGAGGAAGAGGGAGGGCUCUCCUCCUCCCCUCCCCUCCUCCCCUCCCCCAGUCCCCUCUGAAGGUUUACAGACUCCAGAGAGAGCGAGAGAGAGAGAAACAAGGAAGCUGGCAGGAGCCGUGGAUUUUGACACCUGUGCUCCGCUACGAGAGCCAAUUGUCGAUCCUUGCACAUUACCUCUGGGUUUGAGUCCGCAGCUGCAUCUGAAAUGCUGCCUCACAUUGGUUUGGACAAGCGGUUUCACGAGGAAUCAAUUAAGUCAAAAGACCCAUCUCACUUGUAGAAAAUGGAGAGGGGAAGAUGAUGGGCGGCACAGCCCAGAAGGGAUGCAGAGUCAGGAAAAUUGUGCACGUUUUCUUUGACGCCAGUCUUCUCUGUUGGCCAGAAAUAAUUAUUAUGAAGUAGUAUUGAUCUUAAGAACAGGAAGUCAAUCUGAAUGGACUACUGUAUGCACCUCAUGAAUGUAAAGCAAAUGAAGGGUUCUUCCUGUUGUUUCCCAGGAUCCUCCAGGGGGCUUCUCCAGCCAGGAGAAGACGGUGAGUCUGAAGAAGGAACCGAGGCUCUCCCUGGGUAUCACCAUCGCUGGUGGGAGGGACUGCCGCAGCCGCCUGCCCAUCUACAUCACCAGUGUCCAGCCUGUCGGCUGCCUGCACCGAGACGGCACUAUCAAAACGGGUACACCUGUGAUCUAUGCUUUCCUACAACCACAUGACAGUUUUCAUUCCAUACCUUGACCCCAUGUAGCAUGGCUCAUGUUCAGAUUUAAAUGCCUACGGGAAUAAUUCUGUUAGUGAUGAGGUAGACAAUAUGCAUACCUCUUGCACAUUUAAUCGGAAGACCUUUUGAUGUAAGGUCAGCUUUGCAUGCAGAGGCUACAUCUCUUGACAUGGUUCUGGUUUCGGUUGCCUAGGGGAUGUCCUGAUGAGCAUCAACGGCGUGGAUCUGACCCAGCUGACCUACAAUGAGGCGGUGUCGGUGCUGAAGGCCCAGACGGCCCACGCCCAGGUAGUCCUCAGGGUCAUCCAGACCAUCUCAGAGGAGCCCGAGGGGGAGGGGGAGGCCGCCAAAGAGGAAAUGGAGUCUGUGGAGAACCUAAGGGAGGAUGAUGUCAACUGGGCCCCGCUGUGGACCCACUGGCUGGGUCUGCCAAGGUAAACACAUUCUAAUCAUUGGUUUGGAAAAUAACUCACCUCAACUUUGCAUGAUCUCAACUUUGCAUGCCUUCAGUUCACAUCCAUCUGUGUCAUAAUGAGUGAUAAUGUUCUGUACAGAGUGAAGAAAAGUACCUUAUCAAUUGUUUCAGGUGGCCAUUUAAAACAUGGAAGUCUUAAUUUCGUGCUUAUGAAAUAAAAGUACCUUAUCAAUUGUUUCAGGUGGCCAUUUAAAACAUGGAAGUCUUAAUUUCGUGUUUAUGAAAUAAAAGUACCCAAUCAAUUGUUUCAGGUGGCCAUUUAAAACAUGGAAGUCUUAAUUUCGUGCUUAUGAAAUAAAAGUACCCUAUCAAUUGUUUCAGGUGGCCAUUUAAAACAUGGAAGUCUUAAUUUUGUGCUUAUGAAAUAAAAGUACCCUAUCAAUUGUUUCAGGUGGCCAUUUAAAACAUGGAAGUCUUAAUUUUGUGCUUAUGAAAUCACCCUGACACUUUUGAGGAUCUAAUUUGUCCAUUUCCUCUCCUCCUCCUCCUCCUUACAGUCACAUGCACUGGUGCCGUAACAUCGUGUUGCUGAAGACCAAUCAGGAGAGCUGGGGCUUCAGCAUUGUGGGUGGCUAUGAAGAAAGCCACGGACAGCAGCCCUUCUUCAUCAAGACCAUCGUGCCUGGUACACCCGCCCACUUCGACGGACGCCUCAAGUGAGUUGCUUCACAUGGACGAUGCUAGUUUCUAAUAAUAAACCUGAGUGAAAAAAUAAGAGUCGUUACUAUCUGUGUGGGUGAAAUGGAAGAGAGGUGAAGGGUAGUGUAGGAGUAGUAAGGAGGGGGGUUAUGUUUCUGUAAGCCUGCAAUGUUAUUUGAUAAGGUAUGGUAUGUACUCCCUUUCAGGUUGAGGUCAAUUCCAAUUCAAUUCCAGUCAAUUCAGAAAGUAAACCAAAUUUUCCUCAUUUAAAGCUGCAAUAUGUAACGUUUUGGGCGAUCCAACCAAAUCAACAUAGAAAUGUAGUUAUAGAUCUGUUAUUCGCAUUGAAAGCAAGUCUAAGACACUGUAGCUCUGUUCUAUAUGCUUCCCGUUCUUAAGUUGCGUUUUUGCUUCUUUUACCUUCGGUUAUGUACACCAGCUUCAAACAGCUGAAAAUACCAUCUUUUUUUAUUGAAAAUAUAUUGCACAGCAGUUUAGAUGGUACAAUGAUUGCUUGUUUUGUCACAUAAACUGAAAUUAGGCGAACUAUUACAAUUUUUGCAACCAGGAAAUGGCAGAGCGAUUCUGCAUAUUGCACAUUUAAAAGCACACGUCAAUCUAAGUAACAUAAUACAAAAAUCCCCACCACAAUCCCUCUGUUUAAGCUAGAGAUAUGUGUUUUUGCAUGGGCUGCGUCUCAAUCCACCGUAUCCGCCUGUCUGCAUUGUGCACCUGUACAGCGGUGUUUGUCAGACCAUGAGAUAUCCAAAAAAUCGGUCUUCUCACGAAAACGUCUGUAGCGUCCGAACGGAAUGGCCUAGAGGUUAAAAGCAUUGAAGGGAGUUGGAAUUUCAGUAUACUUCCUGAAUUGAAAUGGAAUUGACCCCAACCCUUCUCCUUUUUGUGCAGGCCUGCCUCUCCAAGGACAGGAUUUAACAGAAAUACCUGCUUUCACCAUUAAUUAAACUGCAGAGAUGGAGCCAGCCUGGUAUCCAGUGCACAUAAGAUGUGUGAUUCUCCUGUAGAAGUCCAUUGUACUGUAUUUAGACCUUACUGCACAGCUGUUAGGAGACUGAUUAGGGUGACGGGUAGGUCAUUGUGUUACAUGUAUUGUGCCCAUCUCUGCCCCAUGUUUACUGACUGUCCCGUCCUCUGUGUUGUCUCCAGGUGUGGUGAUGAGAUUGUAGCUGUGAACGGAGCCACCACGGUGGGCAUGAACAACUCGUCCCUCAUACCCAUGCUCAAGCUGCAGAAGAAUAAAGUUACACUGACUGUGGUGUCCUGGCCGGGGAGCCUGGUGUAGAUACACACACACACACAACACACACACUCACACACACACACACACACACACACACCCUGCCCUGCUCAGCUCAUGUCUCCACUGAGUCUCUUGUCAUCUCUGCACACAACACCCUAGAAUCUCAUUGGUGACAUUCUUGGAAGGUUUGUUGUAUUGUUAUUUUAACUAGAUCUCUUCUGAUGUGGAUUGUAAUAUAGAUUGUCAAUUUGCACAUUGCCCUAGCUGACUAGUGUGACUGAAUAACACAUUUCAGUUGGUUCACUGCUUUGAUUAUUGUUGUUGUUACUCAAAAGGGCAGGUGAUUGUGAACAAAUCGGGCUAAUCAGGGUGGAAGAUGAAUUGACAAUCAGUUAACUAUAUUUCAAGGUAAACUGGAAGCAUCUUUACCGUUUUGGAAUGAUUGUUUUUACCCAUUUGUUAAUGAUGAUUUGGAAAAAUGCUACUGGCCUAUUUGCAUUAUCCAUAACUGGGAUAUAUUUGUAGAUC